CACGGGUGCCACUGGGCUGAAGGAGAUUUGGCGCCAGUUUGCUCCAUGUCGCAGAAGAGGAUACACGCAUUUUUCUACUCGCCAUUAUUACCGAUAUGAUGGAGUAAGUGGACCUCACGGCACGCGCCCUGCGCGCAGUACAACGCAAUCAUGAUGGAGUUUAACACCACGCCUUUGGUGGCCACACCAACAACUUUGAUAUCAAGAAGUGCAGAACAACAAGCAGUCGGCCAUGCAGAACAUGGACCUGUACGCCAUGCCAUCCUCCCCCUCCCUCUUCCACAUGCUGGAGAGUGAGGAGGAUUUUCCCCUUGGGGCCAAGACCACAUCUUUCCUUCCUCCUGCCACUGCCACAAAUGCAGCCGCCAACACCACCACCACCGCCACCUAUGAUCUCCCAGAGUGGAUGGAGGGUCGGGAAAUCCUUGGGCUGUCCAGCAUGGUAGACUUCCCACUGUCCCUCCAAGCCUCCACACCCCAGGAAAGCACCAUUUUCCAACUGGACAAUGACAACUUCAGCCCUGUCAUCAAGCCUGAAGACAUGCUAGUGCCUCUGUCUGAGCUACAGCCUCCACACACCCCUGCCAUCAAUCAUCUUGGCCUCACUCCCCCUGCUACUCCUCCUCCUGCCCUCACACCCCCUGCUACUCCUCCUCGUACCCUCACUCCCCCUGUCUCUCCUCCUCUUGUCCCAGUUCCCCUUGCCAGCCCUGUCAGUCCACCCCGAGCCCAGGCUAAUCCUCCUAUUCCAAAAAUCAUAAUUUGCCGCAAAGUCACCACUGCUGCUGCAAAGAGCAAGCCUAUCCAGGUAAACUUUCAGGUGUUGCCAGCAAAACAGGUGCCACAGAUCACCUCAAAUGCUCAGCAGCAGCUAUCCACAGCACCACCCCCCCCCAGCCUGCAAUCCAAGACCCAUGAAAGUCAGGUUGGUGCCAUGACAUUUGGAGGAAGCCAGGUGGAGCAUCAGGUCAGUAACGUGGCCUUGGUACAGCCACAGACCUGUGAUGCUGAAGACCUGAUUGAUGAAAUAGUGCAGAUGAUAAGCAGCAACAGCAGCAGUGGUGGCUUCCAGAGUCUGGAGAACUUGUCUUUUGAUGCCUCAACAAUGGAGGCCAGCAUGGAGGACCUCCUCUCCCAGCUGGAAGCCUCAGAUUCAGUCACUAGAUCUGUGGACUCAGAACCUUCUUCAUCCUCCUCACUUUCCCCUGAUUUCUUUUCUUCUGUGCCUGCACCCUCCCCUCAACCUGAAUCUUCUCUCCCAGCAUCCCUUUCUGUCUCACUUCCUCCUCAAUCUCCAUCUGACUUUGCCUCAUCCUCUGACCUGUCUGAAGCCUCCUCACUAGCCUCCCCAGCCUAUCUUCCUUCUCCAGUCCCUUCUGUGGGCUCCCUCUCCCCUGCCCCAUCCAACAGUGAAUCUCUCUAUGGUGAGAAUGCAAGCUGUGAUGAUAUGAAGUGCUUGGAUGAGGAAUGGAGUCCUCUAGAGGAAACACACUCCUACUCCCGGUCACAGCGCAAGGCGAGAUCCUCCCGCAGGGCUACCGGUGCCAGGAAGACACCUUACCAGGAGGACCGUAAGGAACGCAAGAAGGAGCAGAACAAGCAGGCAGCUCUGCGCUACCGCCAGAAGAAGAAGCAGGAGGAGGAUGACCUGAUAGAGAAGAUUCAAGCGGAGGAAGAGCGUCAGCAGAAGCUAAAAUCUAAAUACUCUGGCUUGAAGCAGGAACUGAGCUACCUGAAGAAGAUCAUGAGGGAAGUGUUCAUGGCCCGUGGCCUGCUCUCGGAGGAGGCAUUGAAGAAAGCUGCUCUGGAAAAGAAGAAAAAGUAGUAAAUAAGUAACAAUAGCAGUGGCUGGCUUGGUAGAUUAUUUUCAUCUUAACACCAAUGAAAGGAUCAAUAAAUAAGUGGAAUCCAACCCCAAGAUUAAUAAUAAGCUUAACAGGCUAAUAUAUUGUAAUGGCCAACACUCCACCUUAGUACAAAAUUAAAUUGGUGGCAGGAUGGUCUUAGGAAGCCCCUUACACACAUCUCUUGUCUUGCUUGUCAUCAGCCUCUGUAGAUGUUGGGUUGAGUGUGAGUCCAGAGCCAAGGAUGUACCAGGCAUGCCCUCACAGUCAACCCACAACGUGUAAACAUGCCUGGGAUGGCAGGACAAGGGGAGUGUGGCAAGGGCAUUGACGCAUCUCGCUUUUUCCCAAUGUUCAUUUGUCAGUUGACACCUGAGUUGCAAGGGAAGAUGUAGUUUUGGCCCCUGUCUGCACUCGUAGCUGUAAGAAGGGCCAGAUGGGCAGGGCCGGGGCACAGAGCAAGUAUCUCGAGCUUAAUGAAUGCCCUCUGAGCAGGAAAAUGCCAGGAAGUUGGUUUGUGCUCCCCCCAUCCCCCUGAGUCCCUCAUUUAGUUAUAGUGUAUGUAACCAAGCAGUGUAUGUGCUGAUAUUAGGCCGUGGCAUAUACCUAUGUUUUAUAUGGAUUAUGUAUAGUUGUGGUUAUAGUUUCACACUUCCAGUUUUGUCUCCUUUUGAAUUUUUCCAAUGUGAAGUAAUUUAAUAUUUUAAUGUCAUCUUUUCUUAGUAAACUGUCUGAACAAUAUUUUUUUAAGUAAACCAUAUUCUCAAAA